AUGCCAGGCGCCAAAGCUGCAACAACUGUCUCGGCCAAGUCGGUGAACGGGAACGGACGGGCAGCGGCCAAGGCCAAGGCCAAGGUCAAGGCAGAGCCCAAGUCCGACCCCGAAAGCGAGGACGAAGACGAGGACGACAGCACCCCGGCGCCAAAGCGCAAGCGCAAGCCGGUGGCGGCGUCUAGCAAGAAGGCGCCCCCGUCCAAGAAGGUCAAGCGGGAGUCGGAUGAUGAUGACUCAGACGACGACGCGCCCCUCGCUGUCACUACGCCGAAGAAGGCGCCCGCUAAGCGCGCGUCGAAGAAGGUCAAAGCUGAGAGCGACGCCGACGAAGAUGAAAAGCCCGUCAAGAAGAAGCGCGCGACGAAGAAGGCCAAGGACGAGUCUCCCUCUGACGUGAAACCCAAGAAGGGACGCAGCAAGUCGGCUACUGCCAAGGACGAGCUUGCGGAGGGCGAGGCCGACGAGGUGUACAAGUGGUGGGAGGCGCAGCAGGCCAACAGCGGCGAUGGCGAGGAGAAGUGGCAAACCCUCGAGCACAAUGGUGUUAUAUUCCCGCCGCCGUACGAGUCGCUGCCGUCGAAUGUGAAGAUGAAGUACAAGGGCAAGGAAGUCGUCCUCACGCCAGAAGCCGAGGAAGUCGCUGGCUUCUACGGUGCAAUGCUAGAGACGGACCACGCGCAGGACGCGACGUUCAACAAGAACUUCUUCACCGACUUCCUCAAGGUCCUAGCGGACUACCCUCCUCGCAACGGCAUCAAGAUCACCAAGUUCGAAGACUGCGACUUCAGGCCGAUGUUCGAGUACUUCGAGUCUGAAAAGGCCAAGAAGAAAUCGCUCAGCACGGCCGAGAAGAAGGAGAUCAAGAAGCAGAAGGACGCGCUGGAGGAGAAGUACACGUCGUGCGUGCUCGACGGGCGCAAGGAGAAGGUGGGCAACUUCCGCGUUGAGCCGCCAGGCUUGUUCCGGGGGCGCGGGGACCAUCCGAAGAAGGGCGCUUUGAAGUUCCGCGUGCGGCCAGAGGACAUCACGAUCAAUAUCGGCGCGGGGGUACCCACACCUGUGCCGAACAUGCCUGGACAGUGGAAACAGGUCGUGCAUGACAAGACGGUGACAUGGCUCGCGAACUGGGUGGAGAAUGUGAACGGAAACUACAAGUACGUGUUCCUCGCCGCGGGCUCGUCGCUCAAGGGCCAGAGUGACAUGGCCAAGUUUGAGAAGGCGCGGGAGCUCAAGAAACACGUCGACCGCAUCCGGUCGGACUACACCGCGGAUCUCAAGAGCAAGGUGAUGGCGGACCGGCAGCGCGCGACGGCGAUGUACUUCAUUGAUCGGCUCGCGCUCCGAGCGGGCAACGAGAAGGGCGAGGACGAGGCGGACACGGUCGGCUGCUGCUCGCUGCGGUGCGAGCACGUCACGCUCGAGGCGCCCAACUUCAUCAUCUUCGACUUUUUGGGCAAAGAUUCGAUCCGGUACUACAACCGCGUCACUGUCGACCAGCAGGUGUUCAAGAAUAUCAGGCUGUUCAAGGAUAACAAGGAUGAUAGCGAUAAUCUGUUUGAUCGGGUUAAUACGAGCUUGCUGAACAAGCACCUGGCGUCGUACAUGAAGGGCCUGACGGCGAAGGUGUUCCGUACGUACAACGCCUCGAUCACGUUCCAGCAGCAGCUGGACGAGGGCACGCCGGAGGAGGCGACGGUGCAGGAGAAGCUGAACGCGUAUAACCACGCGAACCGGAUGGUCGCUAUCUUGUGUAACCAUCAGCGGAGCGCGCCCAAGACGCACGAGCAGUCGAUGGAGAAGAUGCGCGAGCGGCUACGCGGGUUCAAGUACGACCGGAUGAAGCUGCGGCACGUGCUGUUCGCGAUGGACCCCAAGUACAAGAAGAAGAAGGGGUUCGCGGAGGACGAGUCGGACAUCGACGACGACUUUGUCGUGCAGCACGAGGACUCGCUCAAGGCAAAAGAGAUCGAAAAGGCCGAGAAGAAAUUCGCGAAGGAGAACGAGAAGCUCGUUGAGGAGGGCUCCACAGCGCAGAAGGACAGCGUGCUCAAGGAGCGCGUCGACAGCAUCAAGGACGAGUUCAAGCGGCUCGCCAAGGAGCGAGGGACGAAGAAGGCGAGCUUGAAGCGCGAUCGACCCCCCGAGAAGCUCGAGGAGGCGGUGCAGAAGCUGGGAGAGAAGAUCAAGACGUUUAAGCUGCAGAUGGACGACCGCGAGGCGGGCAAGGAGGUUGCGCUGGGGACGAGUAAGAUUAAUUAUUUGGAUCCGAGGAUUACGGCCGCGUGGUGCAAGACGCACGAGGUGCCGAUUGAGAAGAUCUUCUCGAAGACGCUGCUGACGAAGUUCCCAUGGGCGAUGGAGGCUGACGACGACUGGAAGUUCUGA